AUGGAGGAGGAGCUUUAUGGCCUCUAUGACCGCCAGAUAAGGCUUUUUGGGAAAGGUACGCAGAGACUAAUAGAGGAAGCCCGUGCCGCCGUAAUCCAGGGUGCCCCGUACGUAUUAGGAGAAGGCAAAAGAUCCAGCGAUAUAGGAGGUGAAAUACUAAAGAAUCUUGUUCUCCUUGGUGUAGGAGAGGUGACUGUAAACAGGCAUGUUAUCACCUCCUUCAAAAGGAUGUUUGUUAAUGAAAUCAGCAAGAUAAAUGAAAAAAUAAAGGUAGUGGUUGUUGAUGACGAGAAAGCAUUCAAAGCCUGGUGUGAAUAUGCUCUCGUUAUAUUUAUUGACCACAAGGAGCAGUCAGUCUCCACAAGCAUCUUUGUGUGUUCUAAAUGCAUGGCGUUUCAUCCGCUAGGAAAAAGUCACUUAUGUAAGGAAUAUGGCAAUAUUUCAGCUGCCCAUGAUUGCCUCCUUGGUGCAAUAAUUGUACAAGAGUGGGUGAAGAAGCUUCAGGGGAAGCCCUUUGUUAGUGAAUACCAGCUCAAAGUAUGA